UCCGUAUCACUCAUUUCUUGUGCGUUUUUUUUUUUCUUCUUGCUGCUUCUUCUGAUAAACCUCUUCGUCGUCUUCGUCUGUAUAACCAUCACGAUCAUCGCUGUAAUGAGUACAUGAUCAUCACAGCGGAACAAGAUGCUGGAGGAUCAGGUAGCGUACCUCUUGCAGAGGUACCUUGGCAAUUAUGUCAGAGGUCUCAACAAAGAGGCUCUCAAAAUCAGUGUCUGGAAAGGUGAUGUGGAGCUGAAGAAUAUGCAGCUUAAGCCUGAGGCUCUAAAUGCUUUAAAAUUGCCAGUGAAGGUUAAGGCAGGUUUUCUUGGAUCAGUGAAACUGAAGGUUCCAUGGAGUAGGCUUGGCCAAGAUCCAGUUUUGGUAUAUUUGGAUCGCAUUUUCUUAUUGGCUGAACCUGCAACUCAAGUUGAGGGAUGUAGUGAGGAUGCUGUCCAAGAAGCUAAAAAGAGCAGAAUACAGGAGAUGGAAUUGAAGAUAUGGGAGAAGUCGCAACAGUUGAAGUCUGAAAUGAAUACAUCAUGGUUGGGAUCCCUCAUCAGCACAAUAAUUGGAAAUUUGAAACUUUCAAUUUCCAAUAUUCACAUCAGAUAUGAAGAUUCGGAGAGUAAUCCAGGGCACCCAUUUGCAGCUGGUGUUAUGUUGGACAAACUCUCAGCCAUGACGGUAGAUGAUACUGGGAAAGAGACUUUUAUUACAGGAGGGGCACUGGAUUGCAUUCAAAAGUCUGUUGAGCUUGAUCGACUUGCAGUUUAUUUUGAUUCUGAUAUUAUUCCAUGGCAUAUUAACCAAGCAUGGGAAGACUUGCUUCCUUCAGAGUGGUUUCAGGUAUUUAAAUUUGGAACUAAAGAUGGGAGGCCUGCUGAUAAUUUAUCAAGGAAACAUUCAUACAUUCUGCAACCAGUGACUGGAAAAGCAAAAUACUCCAAGCUGCGGCAGAAUGAAACUACUGAUAGCAAGCAGCCUUUACAGAAGGCAGUUGUCAAUUUGGAUGAUGUUACAAUCAGCUUAUCUAAGGAUGGUUAUAAGGAUAUUAUGAAAUUAGCAGACAAUUUUGCUGCAUUUAAUCAACGUCUGAAGUAUGCCCAUUUUCGUCCACUGGUAGCAGUUAAAGUUGAUCCAAAGUCUUGGUGGAAGUAUGCUUGUAAAGCUGUAUCUGACCAGAUGAAGAAAGCGAGUGGAAAGAUGUCCUGGGAGCAAGUUUUAAGAUAUGCAAGCUUGCGGAAAAGAUAUAUCUCUCUCUAUGCUUCACUGCUCAAAUCUGACCCCAGUCAGGUGACAAUCAGUGGCAACAAAGAGAUCGAAGAACUAGAUCGUGAACUUGAUAUUGACCUUAUACUGCAAUGGAGAAUGUUGGCUCACAAGUUUGUGGAGAAAUCGGCUGAAUUGGAUCUUAACUUGAGGAAAAAGAAAGCAGGGAAAUCUUGGUGGCCAUUUGGAGGGACCAGUGAAUCUCCUAAAGAGGGAAGUGAGGAAUUUAAUUUCACCGAGGAGGAUUGGAACCGAUUAAAUAAAAUAAUUGGGUACAAGGAAAGUGAUGAUGGGCAAUCUGUGACUAGCAAGGCAGAUGUUCUUCACACUUACCUGGUAGUUCACAUGAAUCAUAAUGCCUCAAGGCUUAUUGGGGAAGCCAAAGAGCCUGUUGCUGAAUUAUCAUGUGAGGAUCUCAGUUGCUCUGUAAAGCUUUAUCCAGAAACCAAGGUCUUUGACAUUAAGUUGGGCUCCUAUAAGUUAUCAUCGCCAAAAGGUCUCCUUGCAGAGAGUGCAACUUCCUGUGACUCGUUAGUUGGUGCCUUCUAUUAUAAACCUUUUGAUGAUAAGGUGGACUGGAGCAUGGUUGCCAAAGCUUCUCCUUGUUAUAUGACUUAUAUAAAGGACAGCAUCGAUCAAAUUGUGAAGUUCUUUGAAAGUGAUACUGCUGUAAGUCAGACCAUAGCACUAGAAACUGCAGCUGCUGUGCAGAUGACAAUUGACGAAGUGAAGCGCACUGCACAGCAACAAAUGAAUAGGGCGCUGAAGGAUCAUGCUCGGUUUUCGUUGAACUUGGAUAUUGCAGCUCCCAAGAUUACUAUUCCUACUGAUUUUUGUCCCGACAAUGUGCAUGCUACAAAGCUUUUACUUGAUCUAGGAAAUUUGAUGAUUAGUACCCAGGAUGAUCGUGAACAAGAAUCAACUGAGGGGAAUAUGUACCUGCGAUUUGAUUUGGUCUUAAGUGAUGUAUCAGCAUUUUUGUUUGAUGGUAAUUAUCACUGGAGCCAAAUUUCUCUGAAUAAUUUAGCCUCUUCUACCAGCAGUGGUUUCUUCCCAAUUAUUGACAAAUGUGGCGUCAUCCUACAGCUUCAACAGAUUCGGUUAGAAACUCCAUAUUAUCCUUCAACUCGUGUUGCUGUGAGGCUUCCAUCAUUGGGCUUCCAUUUUUCACCUGCAAGGUAUCAUCGACUGAUGCAAGUGAUAAAAAUCUUUGAAGGGGAGGAUGAUGACAGUUCAGAGUUUCUUCGUCCUUGGAAUCAGGCGGACCUUGAAGGUUGGUUAUCUCUUCUGACAUGGAAGGGUGUGGGAAUUAGGGAAGCUGUUUGGCAGCGGAGAUAUUUUUGCUUAGUUGGACCUUUUCUCUAUGUACUUGAGAGUCCUGACUCAAGGUCUUACAAGCAGUAUGUAAGCCUACGAGGAAAACAGGUAUAUCAGGUUCCACCAGAAUUUGUUGGUAAUGCAGAGCGUGUUUUGGCUGUGUGUAGUCCUAAAAGGUCGAACAAUAAGAUUGUUGAGGAUACGAAUGCACUGAUUUUACGUUGUGAAUCUGAGGAUUUAAGGAAAACCUGGCAUAGCCGCUUACAGGGGGCUAUUUAUUAUGCAUCGGAUUCUGCUCCUAUAUCUGGUCUGUCCGAAACCUCAUCAGAUAAUGAGGAUACUGAAUCAGAACAUGAUAAUCAGGGUGUGACUGAGAUAGCAAUUGCUGAGAGAUUGUUUGUAACAGGUGUUCUUGAUGAAUUAAAGCUUUGCUUCAGUUAUAGCUAUCAGUCUGGUCAGAGCUUAAUCAAGGUGCUUUCAAGUGAAGAAAAGCGUUUGUUUGAAUUUCGGGCUAUAGGUGGUAAGGUAGAGCUUUCUAUCAGAGACAAUGACAUUUUCAUUGGGACUAUCUUGAAGUCUUUGGAAAUAGAAGAUUUGGUUUGCCAACGGUCCCAGCCUUGUUAUUUGGCUAGAUCGUUCAUUGGGGCUGCGGAUGCACAUUCAUUAUUUCAUGAUACUAUGGGGGAGGAUGUACAAAGCAGUGAAGUAAUCCCCAGUGAAACUGAUGAUAAGUUUUAUGAGGCACCUGAGACAUUGACAGAUGCUGCUGAUUAUCUUCUGCAAUCACCUGUAGGAACACCCGCGAAUGCAUCAAGUUCCCAUCAGGGAACUAAAUAUAAUUAUUCAUCAUCGGAACCUCCAAAGUUUAGUCGCAUUACUGGACUUCUGCCGUGUGAUGCUCCUGCUGGUACUAUGGAAGUUGAACUUAGUGAAACACUGGAGAGUUUUGUAAAAGCACAAAUUGUUAUUUAUGACCAGAACUCUACUCGGUAUAAUAGUGUAGAUAAGCAGGUGAUAGUGACUUUGGCUACCUUGACAUUUUUUUGUCGUAGACCGACGAUCCUUGCAAUUAUGGAGUUUGUUAAUUCUAUAAACAUUGAGGAUGAGAACCUUGCAACAUCAAGUGACAGCUUGUCAACAACCAUUGUAAAAAAUGAUGUGUCAAGAGAUGCAGAUGAUCUACAUGACACUGCUGUUGAGGAACAUGCUGUUAAGGGCUUGCUUGGAAAAGGGAAAUCUAGAAUUAUGUUCAAUCUGACGUUAAAGAUGGCCCAAGCACAAAUCUUUUUGAUGAAGGAAAAUGAAACUAAGCUUGCUUGCUUGUCACAAGAGAGUUUGCUUACAGACAUCAAGGUGUUCCCUUCCUCCUUUAGUAUUAAAGCAGCGUUGGGAAAUUUGAAAAUAAGUGAUGACAGCCUACCUAACAGUCAUUUAUAUUACUGGGCAUGUGAUAUGAGAAAUCCUGGGGGCAGAUCUUUUGUGGAGUUGGAGUUCAUGUCAUUCAGUGAAGAUGAUGAAGACUAUGAAGGUUAUGAUUUUAGCCUCUUUGGUGAGCUUUCUGAAGUGCGGAUUGUUUAUUUGAAUCGAUUUGUGCAAGAGGUUGUUGGCUAUUUUAUCGGUCUUGUUCCUAGUAGCCCAAAAAGUGUCGUCAAAGUAACAGAUCAAGUGACAAAUUCUGAGAAGUGGUUUUCAGCUGGUGAAAUUGAAGGAUCACCGGCCGUGAAAUUUGAUCUUUCUCUCAAGAAACCCAUAAUUUUAAUGCCUCGGAGAACAGACAGCCUCGAUUUUCUGAGGCUUGAUAUCGUUCAUAUAACUGUGAAGAACUCUUUUCAGUGGAUUGGUGGAGGUAAAAAUGAAAUGAAUGCAGUACAUUUGGAAACUUUGACGGUCCAGGUUGAAGAUAUCAACUUAAAUGUUGGAACUGGAACUGAGAUAGGUGAAAGCACAAUUCAGGAUGUGAAUGGUCUAUCUGUGAUUAUUCAUAGGUCACUCCGAGAUUUACUGCACAAAUUUCCGAGUACUGAAGUUAUAAUCAAGAUUGAAGAGUUGAAAGCAGCAGUAUCAAAUAAGGAAUACCUGAUUAUUACUGAGUGUGCUGUAUCUAAUUUUUCUGAGGAUGCACAUAUUCCUCCAGCUCUGAAUCAAGAUUCCUCCAUGACAUCAAAUGACACCACAGGGGAUAUUGUCCCUGAGGCUACAAAUGGUGUUAAUUCGAGGGCUAUGAAUCUUGAAGCCUCUAUUUUGCUGAAAGUGUCUGUGUCCGUAGACCUUGUUGAAUUGAGCUUGUAUACGGGGGUAACCAGAGAUGCAUCUCUGGCCACUGUACAGGUUAGUGGUGCAUGGCUUCUGUAUAAAUCUAGUACAGAUGGAAAAGGAUUCCUCUCUGCAACUCUCCAAGGUUUCAGUGUGUUUGAUGAUCGUGAGGGUGUUGAAAAAGAAUUCCGGUUAGCAAUAGGAAAGCCUGAAAAUGUUGGAGCCAGUCUUCUAAAUGCUUUUUCUCAUCAGCAAAACCAGGACUCAGUGAAUAGUAGCAUAGUCAAAGAGAAUGGUUUCCCAGUUCCAACGAUGCUAAUUGUUGAUGUAAAAUUUGCUCAGGAUUCAACUUUUGUUUCUUUGUGCAUACAGAGGCCUCAGUUGCUGGUUGCACUAGAUUUUCUUCUUGCUGUAGUUGAGUUCUUUGUUCCAACAGUCGGCAGUAUGCUGUCAUAUGAAGAACACAACAUGUCUCACAUGCUGGAAGCUGUCAUUAUGGAUCAAUCAAUCUACAUACAACCAUGUCCUGAAUUCUCCAUCUCACCUCAAAAGCCUUUAAUAGUUGACAAUGAAACUUUUGAUCAUUUCAUUUAUGAUGGCCAUGGUGGAACCUUGUAUCUAAAAGAUGGACAGGGAUUUAAUCUCACAGAAGCUAGCUCAGAGGCUUUAAUAUAUGUUGGAAGUGGGAAGAAGUUGCAAUUCAAAAAUGUUGUUAUUAAGGGUGGACAGUACUUGGAUUCUUGUGUUCUUCUUGGAGCAAAUAGUAGCUACUCAGUUUCAAAAGAAGACAAUGUCUACUUGGAAGAUUUUGAAGAAAGUCCUUCUGAAAGGUCUUUGAGAGGGAACAUUCUUGAUGAACCGUAUCAAAGCAAUGCAGUUAACAACUCCACAGAAUUGAUCAUUGAGCUUCAGGCUGUUGGUCCAGAGCUUACCUUCUAUAAUACAUCAAAAGAUGUAGGUGAAUUAUUAAACCUGUCAAACAAACUCCUACUUGCACAGUUGGAUGCGUUUUGCAGGAUUGUUUUGAAGGGUAGCAAUACUGAGAUGAGUGCAGACAUUCUUGGUUUGACUAUGGAAAGUAAUGGAAUCAGGAUUUUGGAGCCAUUUGACACAUCCUUGAAGUAUUCAAAUGCUUGUGGGAAUACCAAUAUACACUUGUCCAUUUCAGAUAUUUUCAUGAAUUUCACUUUCAGUAUCUUGAGACUAUUUCUGGCUGUGGAGGAUGAUAUAUUGGCAUUUUUAAGGAUGACAUCAAAGAAAAUGACAAUGGUUUGCUCACACUUUGACAAAGUUGGAACUAUAGAAAAUUCUCGUACUGAUCAAACUUACGCUGUUUGGAGGCCUCAUGCACCUCCUGGUUUUGCCGUACUUGGUGACUACCUGACACCACUAGACAAACCACCAACAAAAGGAGUUCUUGCAAUAAAUACCAAUUCAAUCACGGUUAAGAAACCUGUUAGUUUCAGAUUGAUUUGGCCACCUUUACUUUCUAUAGGAGGUGCCGAAAUAGGCAGUUCUAAUUUGUCAUGGGAAACUGAGGAGACUUGUUACUGUUCUAUUUGGUUCCCUGAAGCUCCCAAAGGUUAUGUUGCACUAGGUUGUGUGGUUACUCGUGGAAGCAAACCACCUCCUUUAUCUUCUGCUUUCUGCAUCCCGUCUUCUUUAGUCUCUCCUUGUCCAUUGAGAGAUUGUAUUGCAAUCAGCACCACUGAUAUGUUUUCAUCCAGUGUGGCAUUCUGGCGGGUAGAUAAUUCUGUUGGCACUUUCUUGCCGGCGGAUCCUGUUACUCUUAAUUUGAUAGGUAAAGCAUAUGAGUUGCGUUGGGUUAAAUAUGAUUUUCUGAAGCCAGCUCUAGCGGCAUCAAGUAGUAUGGAUUCUCGUGCUUCUUCUGGUAGGCAUCAAACCUCACAGCUUGAGCAGUCUUCUGAAGGAAAUUCUAAUAGGCGCUUUGAGCCUGUUGCUAGCUUUCAGUUAAUUUGGUGGAAUCAGGGAUCACACUCAAGAAAGAGGGUAUCGAUAUGGCGUCCAAUUGUUCCUACCGGAAUGGUGUAUUUUGGUGAUAUAGCUGUUAGAGGGUUUGAGCCGCCAAACAACUGUAUUGUUUUUCAUGAAUCUAGUGAUGAAAAUAUUUAUAGAAACCCCAUCGAUUUCCAACUUGUUGGACAAGUAAAAAAGCAGAGGGGAAUGGAGAGUAUAUCAUUUUGGCUUCCACAAGCGCCUCCUGGUUUUGUUUCCUUGGGUUGUGUUGCAUGCAAAGGAAAACCAAGGCAGAAUGAAUUAAGCACACUAAGAUGCAUGCGCAGUGAUUUGGUUACAGGAGAUACUUUCUUGGAGGAAAGUGUAUGGGAUACAUCCGAUGUCAGGCGUGCAAGAGAACCAUUUAGUAUAUGGGCUGUGGGGAAUGAGUUGGGGACUUUUAUUGUCCGCAGUGGCUUCAAAAGACCCCCAAGAAGAUUUGCUUUGAAGCUAGCUGAUUCUAGUGUGCCAAGUGGUUCAGAUGUUACAGUCAUUGAUGCUGAAAUUGGAACCUUCUCAACAGCACUUUUUGAUGACUACGGUGGAUUGAUGGUUCCUUUGUUCAAUAUAUCUUUGAGUGGCAUAACAUUUAGUUUGCAUGGAAGAACCGAGUAUCUGAAUUGCACUGUCAGUUUCUCCUUGGCUUCCAGGUCAUAUAAUGAUAAGUAUGAAGCUUGGGAGCCACUUGUUGAGCCGGUGGAUGGAUUUUUAAGGUACCAAUAUGACAUCAAUGCUCCGGGUGCGGCAUCUCAGUUACGUUUAACAUCGACUCGAGAUCUGAAUUUAAAUGUUUCAGUUUCUAAUGCUAAUAUGAUCAUUCAAGCUUAUGCUAGCUGGAACAACCUUAGCCAUGCUCAUGAAAGUUACAAAAAUAGAGAUGCAUUUUCUCCAACUUCUGUUGGAAGCUCUAUCAUUGACACACUCCACCGGAGAAAUUAUUAUAUAAUCCCACAAAACAAACUUGGGCAGGAUAUUUUUAUCCGUGCUACUGAAGCUAGGGGUCUCCAAAAUAUAAUUAGGAUGCCAUCUGGGGAUAUGAAAGCUGUUAAAGUUCCUGUGUCGAAAAAUAUGUUAGACUCUCACUUGAACGGGCAACUCUGCAGAAAGAUUAGAACAAUGGUGACUAUCAUUAUAACAGCAGCACAGUUUUCCAGAGUGGAAGGUUCAGAUUCCCAGCAAUAUACAGUGGCUGUCCGCCUAUCUCCUAACCAGAGCCUCCCCCCUGAUGCUUUAGUUCAACAACAGAGUGCACGCACAUGUGGAAGAAGGGCUCAUCAUUUAUCAGAUUCAAAUCUGGAGUUUGUCAAGUGGAAUGAGAUAUUUUUCUUCAAAGUUGAUUCUCUGGAUAACUACUCUCUGGAAUUAAUUGUUACAGAUAUGAGCAAAGGUGUUCCUGUUGGAUUUUUUUCGGCUUCCUUGAACGAGAUAGCAAAAACUAUUGAGGACUUCUCAUAUGUCCAUAAUUUUGCCAAUAAGAUGCACUGGAUAGAUUUAUCUGCAGACAACUCCAUGAAAUUUCAGGAUAAUCAUUAUGAGAAGUCUGUACGAAAAUUACAAUGUGGUAUACUAGUGCACAACUCUGAUGUUGAGCAUACUAAUCAGCCCAAUAAUUAUGAUGGCCGUAAAUCUGGAUUUAUUCAAAUUAGUCCUAGCAAGGAAGGUCCUUGGACUACUGUGAGGCUAAACUAUGCUGCACCUGCCGCUUGUUGGCGGUUAGGUAAUGAUGUUGUUGCCAGUGAAGUUAGUGUGAAGGAUGGUAACAGAUAUGUGAAUAUCCGGUCUCUUGUUUCUGUUCGUAACAACACAAAUUUUAUUCUUGAAUUAUGCCUUGCACCAAAAUCUUCAACAGAAAAGGUGAAUUUGCUGAAAGAUACAAAUAACUCUGAACCUAUCCUACCAGAGAAAAACAGAGUUCAUACAGAUGAGUUUUAUGAGACUGAAAAGUUUACUCCAGACGUUGGUUGGGUUAGUUGCUCAGGUUCUCCAGGGCAGCAUAUGUCAGAAGUGGGAAAAUCCCAACAGGUUUUUACUGGAAUUGAUCUACCACAAGGCUGGGAAUGGAUUGAUGAUUGGCAUUUGGAUACAAAAACUACUAUUACUUCAGAUGGCUGGAUUUAUGCCCCUGAUGUGGAAAAAUUGAGAUGGCCUGAAUCCUUUGAUCCAAAUGAUUCCCACAAUGCUGCGAGGCAGAGGAGAUGGCUAAGAAGCAGGAGGCUAAUAGCAGAUUAUUGUGUGCAGGAAAUUUCUGUUGGGUUACUGCAACCCGGAGAAACUCUUCCACUUCCUCUAUCUGGCUUGACACAAUCUGUACAAUAUUUCUUGAAGUUAAGACCUUUCACUCCGACGAAUCCCAGUGAAUACAAUUGGAGUUCUGUAGUCAACAAACCUGGUCAACCACAGGAUGCUGGUCAGCAGGGGCAAUGCUCAAGGUUAUGUGUUUCGGCUCUUUCAGAGUCGGAAGAACUAUUGUGCUGCAGUGAGAUGCAUGGAACUUCAGAUGGCUCCCACAAGUUGUGGUUCUGUGUAAGCAUACAAGCAACUGAGAUUGCAAAGGAUAUGCAUUCAGAUGCUAUUCAGGAUUGGUGCUUGGUAGUCAAAUCUCCACUACUAAUCAGCAAUUUUCUUCCCCUUGCUGCUGAAUAUUCUGUUCUUGAAAUGCAACCAAGUGGCCACUUUCUUCCAUGCUCGAGAGGAGUAUUUUCCUCAGGAAAAACUGUGCAUAUAUACGCUGCUGAUAUUAGGAACCCUUUGUUUUUAUCAUUGCUUCCUCAGAGGGGUUGGCUCCCUAUACAUGAAGCUGUUCUUAUAUCUCACCCUCAUGGGAUUCCAUCAAAAACAGUUAGUUUGAGAAGCUCAAUAUCUGGAAGGGUUAUCCAAAUCAUUCUGGAACAGAAUUAUGAAAUUGAACACCCCUUGCUGGCUAAAACAAUUAGAGUCUAUGCUCCUUAUUGGUUGGGAGUAGCAAGAUGUCCUCCACUCACAUUUAGGAUUCUGGUCGUGUCGGGAAAAAGACAUAUGGCAAAGAUUACAUCUCAGGUUGAGAUUAACAAGAAAAAUGCAUCGAUACUUGAAGAAAUAACUGAAGAGGAAAUAUAUGAUGGCUACACAAUUGCAUCUGCUCUUAACUUUAAUGUGUUGGCUAUCUCAGUUGCUAUUGCUCACUCAGGAAAUGAACAUUUUGGACCUGUUAAAGAUCUUUCUCCUCUUGGAGAUAUGGAUGGCUCGUUGGAUGUAUAUGCAUACGAUGCUGAUGGCAAUUGCUUGCGGCUUUUUGUUUCUACGAAACCAUGUCCCUAUCAAUCUGUUCCAACAAAGGUAAUAUCUGUCCGGCCAUUUAUGACUUUCACAAACAGGCUUGGACGAGAUAUAUACAUCAAGCUGAGCACUGAAGAUGAACCAAAGGUCCUGCAUGCAUCUGACUCAAGGGUAUCUUUUGUGUGUCGGGGAAAUGGACCUGAAAAACUCCAGGUGAAACUAGAAGACACUGAUUGGUCAUUCCCUCUCCAAAUUUCAAGAGAAGACACACUUUCUCUAGUUUUAAGAACACAUGGUGGUACUCUUAAAUUUUUGAGAACUGAAAUUCGAGGCUAUGAAGAAGGAUCCCGUUUUGUUGUGGUAUUCCGCCUCGGAUCAACUGAUGGUCCCAUCAGGUAUGCCACUGACAAGCCACUUAGUAUUCGACAGUCAGGAUUUGGGGAAGACGCCUGGAUUCAUUUGCAACCACAUUCAACAAUAAAUUUUUCUUGGGAAGAUCCAUAUGGCGACCUCUUUUUGGAUGCUAAGCUUAGUUAUGUUGAUAGUAGUCCAUUAUGGAAAGUUGAUUUCGGAAGGACCGAAUUAUCUUCUGCAGAGCUUGGGUUGCAAUUUGAUAUCAUUGAUGGGGGAGAUAUAAUAACUGCCAGGUUCAGAGAUGAUAGCAUCCUGAAGUCAAGUUCACAUGAAGAUAUAAGAGGUUCAAUGGCUGGUGGAAAUAGGGGGGUUUCUGGGGUUCAGGUCGAUAUGCAGAACAGUGCUAUACCUUUUGAGAUUUUAAUCGAAUUGGGAGUGGUUGGAAUUUCUAUGAUAGACCAUAGACCAAAGGAGCUCUCUUACUUAUACUUGGAAAGGGUCGUCUUAUCAUAUUCAACUGGAUAUGAUGGUGGAAGAACAAGCAGGUUCAAGCUAAUUUUUGGUUAUUUGCAACUUGAUAAUCAGCUUCCUUUAACAUUAAUGCCUGUGCUCUUGGCACCAGAGCAAUCCCCUGAUGUGCAACACCCAGUGUUCAAGAUGACAAUUACUAUGCAGAAUGAGAAUAAAGAUGGUAUUCAAGUUUACCCAUAUGUUUACAUACGGGUAACUGAGAAAUGCUGGAGACUUGAUAUUCAUGAACCUAUUAUCUGGGCUAUUGUGGACUUCUACAAUAAUUUGCAGCUGGAUCGAUUACCUAAAAGUUCAACUGUCACAGAAGUUGAUCCAGAGAUACGUUUUGACCUAAUUGACGUUUCAGAAGUAAGGUUGAAGUUGUCCUUGGAGACUGCACCAGGACAACGACCUCAUGGUGUCUUGGGCAUAUGGAGUCCUAUACUUUCAGCUGUUGGUAACGCCUUCAAGAUCCAGGUACAUCUGAGGAGGGUGAUGCACAGAGACAGAUUCAUGAGGAAGAGUUCCAUUGUUCCCGCCAUUGGAAACCGUGUUUGGAGAGAUUUGAUUCAUAAUCCUUUACAUUUAAUAUUUUCUGUUGAUGUGCUUGGUAUGACAAGUUCAACGUUGGCUUCUCUUAGUAGAGGGUUUGCUGAGCUUUCCACAGAUGGACAGUUUCUGCAAUUACGGGCAAAGCAGGUUAGAUCAAGGAGAAUCACUGGGGUUGGCGAUGGGAUUCUUCAAGGAACAGAAGCUCUUGCCCAAGGUGUUGCCUUUGGGGUCUCUGGUGUAGUGAGGAAGCCUGUGGAGAGUGCCCGACAAAAUGGUCUCAUAGGAUUGGCUCAUGGGCUUGGGCGUGCCUUUUUAGGUUUUAUUGUGCAGCCAGUAAGUGGGGCACUAGAUUUUUUCUCAUUGACUGUUGAUGGAAUUGGUGCAAGUUGUUCCAAAUGCUUGGAGGUUUUCAACAACAAGACCACCUUCCACAGAAUUAGAAAUCCUCGGGCUAUACGUGCAAACGGAGUACUUACAGAAUAUUGUGAGAAAGAAGCUACUGGGCAGAUGGUGCUUUACCUUGGAGAGGCAAGUCGGCACUUUGGCUGUACUGAGAUUUUCAAGGAACCUUCAAAAUUUGCAUUGUCUGAUUAUUAUGAAGAACAUUUUAUUGUUCCUCACCAGAGAAUUGUUUUAGUUACCAAUAAACGAGUCAUUCUGCUGCAGUGUCUUGCUCCUGACAAGAUGGACAAAAGACCGUGUAAAAUCAUGUUUGAUGUGCCUUGGGAUGAGUUGAUGGCACUGGAAUUGGCAAAAGCUGGUAGCAGCCAACCUUCUCACUUAAUCCUACACCUGAGACACUUCCGGAGAUCUGAAAAGUUUGCUCGAGUGAUAAAAUGUAAUAGUGUGGAAGAAUUUGAAGGAAUAGAACCCCAAGCUGUUAAAAUAUGUUCAGUGGUGCGUAGAACAUGGAAGGCAUAUCAAGCUGAUAUGAAGAGCUUGGUUCUGAAAGUUCCUUCAAGCCAAAGGCAUGUACAUUUUGCCUGGAGUGAAGUGGAUAAUAGAGAACCUCGUACAUCUAACAAAGGCAUUAUCAGUUCAAGAGAUAUUUCAUCACAUAAUGCAACAUCUGAUGAUAGACGGUUUGUUAAACACAGCAUUACUUUUACAAAAAUCUGGAGCAGUGAACAGGAAUACAAAACCCGUUGCUCGUUAUGCAGAAAACAGGUCUCACAAGAUGGUGGAAUAUGUAGCAUUUGGAGGCCUGUGUGUCCUGACGGAUACACAUAUAUUGGGGAUAUAGCUCGUGGUGGCAUCCAUCCUCCAAAUGUAGCUGCCAUUUACCGCAAGGUUGAUGGACAUUUUGCUCUCCCGAUGGGGUAUGACCUGGUGUGGCGAAACUGUUCAGAGGAUUAUGUCAGUCCAGUAUCAAUUUGGCACCCAAGGGCUCCAGAUGGGUUUGUUUCUCCAGGAUGUGUUGCUGUUGCUGCUCAUAUGGAACCAGAGCCUGAUCUUGUAUACUGUGUUGCCGAGUCAUUAGUGGAGGAAACAGAAUUUGAAGAGCAGAAGGUUUGGUCUGCACCUGAAUCGUAUCCAUGGGGCUGUCACAUUUAUCAGGCACAGAGUGAUGCAUUGCAUUUUGUUGCUCUAAGACAAAUCAAGGAAGAAUCGAACUGGAAGCCCAUGAGGGUCCGCGAUGACCCUCAUUGUCCAUUGCAAUCAUCAUAAACAAUUUUUUUGGGUUAAGGUUCUUUCUUGGAUUGCCCCUUUCUAAAGAAUACAGUAUUGUAAGUUGGACGAUCGUGGCUGUGUUACUUGUAUGGUAGCAACUAGGUAGUGCUUUGCUUGUAAAGGCACUAGUAUGCGGGAGCGCAAAUGCAAUUUCCCUUCUUUGCUAAGGACUGGAGAGCAUUGCUAUAUUGCAAAGACGCGUUUGGUGGUUUAUAUUUCACCACACACAUAUUUCAUAUUUGAUUGUGGCGUCCACCAGUUAGUUAUACGGUUUACACACUACACUCGAAAAAGGGCUAGCUCGUGGGGUAUGCUUUAGAGAUUCAUUGCUUGGUGACUCGGUUUGAACAUACAUGUUGUGAGCUGUUGAAAGAUUGUCUUUUAUCUAUAGGAUCAGUUGUAAAUGCGCAUAUCAAAUUUAUGUAUAGUGUUUUUUCUUGGCUGAUUUCAUUUUCAGAAUUGUAAUGUACGAUAGCAUUUUCAUUUUAUAUAAGUCAAUAUCUGUACGGUGCUUAUGUAGUCCA